AUGGCAAACCUCGCUGCCGGGAUUCACAAAUUCCAAGGCUUGGAUAUCGAACUAACUUAUACGGUGCGAGGAUCUGGACCAUAUCUCGUUAUUCAGGCAGCAGGAUGGGGGAUUUCUUCUCAGUAUCUUCAAAUUGGGCUUUCGCCUCUUGAGGCUCAAUUUACCCUGAUAUACCUAGAGCCCCGCGGCUCAGGCCCCUCCGAGCGACCACAAGAAGACAUGAUGGGCACUUCCGAUAUGGCCGACGACGUCGAACAUUUACGAAAGCACUUGGAAUUUGAACAAAUUGAUUUGCUUGGUCAUUCCAAUGGAGGCACCAUCGCCUUAGCGUAUGCUGAGCGAUACCCCGCCUCAGUCCGAAACUUGAUCCUCGUCACACAUUGGCUCGAAGGAUACGAUGACAGUCAAAUUUGGCAACGCUUUCUGAAUGAGAGAAGGGAUAAUCCUGCAUUUUCAAAAGCUGUUGCGGCACUUGAAGCGGCCCAAACUCAGAAAUUCCAGUCACAGGACGAGUGGUUUCAAAGCUUACGCGUGAGGUUGUCUUUCUAUCCGGCCAACCCAGACAAAGAUUACCCCGCCUUUGAGAAGGCAAUGGGUGAGCCCUCAUGGUGGGUUUACAAAGCUCAGGGUGCAGCCGACAAGAUCAAGACCCUUGAUCUCUAUGCUGGGCUUGAUAAAGUCAAGGCCCGUACGCUAUGUUUGGGGUGUUCCGAGGAUCCAAUAUGCUCAGAGAAUGUCACUCGUCUUACAGCAGAGCACAUUGCCGGCUCGCAGCUCGUCAUUAUUCCCGAGUGUGGGCAUUUUCCAUGGAUUGAACAGCCAGAUCAAUUCUUCCCGGCUGUCACUGAGUUUCUGAAGUGA